GCCAUCUAAAAUAUGUAAUCAGUGUUUUUUUUAUUUUAUUUUUAGAUAAGUUCUCCACACUGACUGACGACGAGGUGUCCGUGUUAUUUUGUUUUCGGUGUUCUGACUCCGGUCCUCCUGACUUCACUGACACAGAGUGGCUGGACUUGAUUAAUAUGAUACGACAGGUAGAAUACUUUAAAGAGAAUCCUGUAACACGUGAGGAAGCACAGGAGACUCUGGACAGACUGAAGUCACGUGAUUACCUCUGGGAAGAUCAGGACAAGAUCACAGAGGACACAAAGGAUGAGACAAUAUACAGGAUAGCAUCUUUAUCCCGUGAUAUACCAUUCUAUUACAGUAGUUAUGACACAGCCAGUGUGUACCUGAGAUCAGAGAAAUACAACAGAGAACCUGGAGAGAAGUGUGUCAGUAGAUUCAUUGAUCCCUUACUGAUACUCCGUCUACAGAUGAACAUACUGACUCACGUCACCAUGGAGGACACGAGUAUAUAUGAUACGAUACAGCAGAUAUUGAAUGUUACAGGCGAUAUACUUAAGGAAAGUAAAGAUAAGCGGAAAGAGUUUCUAAUGAAUCUGAGAAGAGAAGGGGAGGCUGUACAUUACAGAGGAAUAUCACAGAACAGUGUACAUCACGUGACGUGGCUCUGGAGAUACGGAGAUUGGGCGAGACCUGACAUCGUGAGAUCCUGUAUAGGUCUACAUCCACACUGGGACAUUUACAUCAUCGACAACAAAGCCUACAGGAGUCCUACUGGGAAGAAGAAUACGGGGAAUUGUAAAUGUGAUAACUAUUCGCCGAAAAUUCGGAAUCUAUUGUACAGCAUGCUGUUAACUGAGAAAUAUCAGCUGAAUGUCAAUGAACAAUCACACAGAAUCAUAAGGGACAAACUCAGAGACAGAUAUUUUCCUGAUAUUACUGAUGACGGCUUGGUAGAUCUUCCUGAAGGAAUCACAGAAACACGUGACGGUGUGAUAACCUUUAUAUCAGAGGACAUCCGACAUGACGUCAUGUACGCCUUUGUUACGGAGUGUCUGGUGGAGGACAGUGAUCUGGAGUUUUUCCUGACCACGGCGUCACGUGACGUGAUCUCAGAAUACUGCCGGUCCAGGCAUUAUAAGAGGAGUGAGGGAGAGAGAUGUCUAUAUAUACCGGAGGAGCCGGAGAAGAUGUACGACCUCUUUAUAGACAAACUACAACUGGACAUCAUCACACACUGUACUGUGUCUGACAGGAGAAUUCAUGGCAGGAUCAGUACACGUUUAGGAGUCCCUAGAGAAGUACUAAAGUGGGAUCAGGAGGCCAGAGAGCGGUAUGUGGAGUACGCUAAGAGAGGAACUCAGACAGUCCACCACGCCCGGGGGAUGAUUGUAGGAUGUGCUGGGGCGGGCAAAACCACGCUACUUAAACGUCUUCUCGGGUGUAGUGAAGAAGAGAUUGGUAAUGUAAAAUCUACUGAGGGAUUGGAAGUGCAUGAGGAAAUAUUUGAAUUAUGUGAUGAAGCAAAAUCUUUGAAAGCCAGAGGAAAAUAUAUAUACCAAAACAGUGUAGAAAAUACCUCUGAAAAAUUGGAUGCAAAGACCUUGACACUUUUUGACUUUGGGGGACAGUGUGCGUACUACGCCUGUCACCAGAUUUACCUGACCAGAAGAGCUUUCUAUGUUGUGGUGGUGGACGCCUCUAAACGUCUUGACCAGAAGGUGGAUAAGAAAGUGUGCGAUCAAGAUGGUAGUAUGUUCUCCGGAUGGACCUAUGGAGACUACUUUGUAUUCUGGUUGAAGUCAAUACAUACUUACUGUGGCUCAGACAAUGAAAACGACCACAAGCCAGUAGUACUUAUAGUAGCAACUCAUUGGGAAAAAGAAAUCAGACAGUUUAAGGACAAGAAUGAACUUAUGGACAGUCUGCGAGAUCAACUUCCUAAAGCAUCUAAUUUAUCACAGUACAUCAGGGAAGAUAGAUUACAUUGUAUACAGCUAUCUGUACCUCUAAAUGAUUUAAAAGGAAGCUUUUACGAUAUUGCCUGUCAUCAGCGAUGGAAAGAAAGUAUUCCGAAGGAAUGGCUUUUCUUUCGAAUAGAAAUCAACCAGAAGAAAUAUUCUAACCGAAUUAUAGAAAUAUCUGAAAUAACAACAAAGGUUCAAAAGACUAAUGCUGAAAUUCAGAAGAAAUCAAAAGAAGAAUCAAAAAGAAAGCUAGAUAUGCUCCGAUACUGCCAUGAUGCCGGGAAAGUUCUGUAUUUUGAUGAAGAUGGUCUGAAGGAGGAAGUGAUUAUUGAUAUUCAAUGGUUUAUUGACGCCUUUAAACAUAUCAUCACAGAUAAGCUUCAUUUUAAGGGUAUACCAGGGAACGAGGAGGACUGGGACGAAUAUUAUGAAAGUGGAAAUUUGAAAAAACGUCUUCUUGAAGAAAUAUGGAAACAUAAGGACAAAGAAUUAUAUAAAGCACUAAAGAUGAAGGGCUAUGAAUCAGACGAAUUCGUUCAUGAUAAAAGAUGUCUGGGAUACCAUCAGGAAUCACUUCUUAAUUUCAUGCAGAGGCUUGGUUUACUGGUUGUUGGUGAGGAAUCUCACUAUGUUCCCUGCAUGAACCGGAAAAAGAUGGAGUCAGCUGUCCCAGAUUUUAUUUGUCGAUCGGAAAGUAAAUCAUCUGUUCUCAUUUAUCGAUUUACAUUUCUACCCUUCUUCUUCUUCUUCCGUCUUGUUGUCGCUUGUAUGCAAGAGGAAAAUUGGAAAGUUCUUAAAACGCAUGACACACCAUGCCUCUACAAAGACGCUGCUUUGUUUUCAGUGGGGGGAUACACUGUCGUUUUGUCCGUUACCAAGGAAUCUAUACAACUUCAAAUUUGUCAUCCCAAGCGAGGUUGUAUUUUGGAAAAGGAUAAAACUCAACUGAUUCAAGAAAGGGUAGAAAAUAUAUUGUAUGAUUUUGCAGGAAAAUUUCACAGAAAGUUGUUGUUUGCACGAGGGUUUAAAUGUCGGGUGGAUGAUAAAAAUUUAAUUGCCAUGGAUAUUGAAGGUCAUUUCCUUUCAGAGAAAGACAUUCAAAAAGAUGAUGAAGAAAUGAUUUGUCCUUUGCAUUCAGUUAUUGAUCAGCAUUCCAUUAAUACAAAAGAGUUGACGAGAUAUUGGAAAAUAUAGAUGGAUGUAAAAAUAAUUACAAUAAAAGCAAACCGUCUGCGUCAAUACUUGGACGGAAUGGGUUUAUUGUGUAUUGUAAAUUUCAUGAUAACACGUAUAUCUCUCCUAUUCUUUUUAAUACCUUUUGGUCAAUUUGCUGUCAAUUUUUUUAUUGAACUAUAAUAUCAGAAAUAUUUUUUGCAAGAUCGUGCAAAAUCGUCUGUCAUUCAAGAACUUAAAAUUUAUGAAAUUGGGAAUCAGAAGAUAAAGUGACAGAAGCUAACCGGCAAAUUGUUAGAUUCAGUGAAUUAUAGAUCCUUAUAUAUAUUCCAGAACUAAAAUGUUCACUUCUUAAUACCUUAUACAUCGUUUAACUUGUUGUACAUAUAAUGCCUGUUUUAUGGUUGUAAACAACAUUAAACAUAGUCUGGUUGUUAGAGUGCCGUAAUUUUAUUCCAGAAGACGACCAAUAAAUGACAAGACGAGGAUUGAUUGAUUGAUUGUAUACUGUUUAACGUCCCUCUCCAGAAUAUUUCACUGAUAUGGAGACGUCACCAUUGCCGGUGAAGGGCUGCAAAUUUAG